CGCUCACAUAAGCAUGCAGCCAGUGCGGAGCUGUUUAAAAGCGGCGGCGACACACCGGCAAAUCCUCGGCACUCCAGCACCGGCAGGAAGUCUACGCUUUCUUUUCCAGCGCGUUUACAGCCAGCCUGAUGGUAUAUAGAGGUAGAUUAUUAAUAUGUUUUUGUCUGGAGCUGUCCAAGGUGCGGAGAACACUAACGAUGACAUUUAGGAUGAGACACCUGCGGCUGUGCACAUCUCUUAAAGGAUGAGGAGCAAGCAGGUAACUCAGAGUGUCUGAACUGCGGUCAGCAUGACAUGUAAAUGGAAGCGACUUAGGAGUCGCCCUUGAACGCCUCUAUAGCUCUAUUAACCCGAAAAAGGAAACACUUGUUUGCUCAACUGUUUGCUUUUUCUAGACCUGUUUGAUUUUUUAAAUGCUUUACGUGCGAGUUCAAACAAUGACUAUGAUCCGUCGCAGAGCUCAGUCUGGUUAAUGAUUUACAACCUCCGAUCCCCGGAAAAGCGUGCAUUGCUAAUUUGGGCUCGUGGUACCGUCGUGGAAAAUACUGUCUCGCGCUGAAAUGCCAGCAGGUGUUUAGUGCUGUUGCGCUCGCGCCGCGGAGUCCCGGGCCGUACUGAGCGCGCGCACCAAAUGACGCCAGUUCCGCGCUUCGGCCUGCUGGCGGCGGCGUGCACCUGCGCGUGGCUGCUGGUGCACGGCUGCGGGCCCGGUCCGGGUUAUGGCGUGCGCUUGAGGCCACGCAGGCUCACACCGUUGGCCUACAAGCAACACGUGCCCAUCGUCUCCGAAAACAACCUGGGCGCGAGCGGCAGGGCCGAAGGAAAGAUAACGCGCCAUUCGGAGCGCUUCAACGAGCUGGUGUGCAACUACAACCCUGACAUUGACUUCAAAGAUGAGGAGCGCACUAAAGCGGACCGGUUCAUGACUAAGCGCUGUAAGGAUUGCCUAAAUAAACUGGCCAUUGCAGUUAUGAACCAAUGGCCAGGUGUUCGACUACGAGUGACCGAGGCCUGGGACGAGGAUGAUAAUCAUCCAUCUGGCUCUCUGCAUUAUGAGGGACGUGCUGUGGACAUAACCACCUCAGACAGGGACAUAAAAAAGUAUGGACUCCUUGCUCAGUUGGCUGUCGAGGCUGGGUUCGACUGGGUGUACUACGAGUCCAAGUAUCAUGUGCACUGUUCUGUCAAAGCUGAUCACUCUGUUGCAGUGGAGAAAGGAGGCUGUUUCUCAGCUUCAGGACUCGUGACUGUGGCUGAAGGAGUGCAAAAGCCUAUGUCUAAUUUGCGCCCUGGAGACUCAGUGCUUGCUUUGUCUGAGUCCGGUGGCAUAAUCUUCAGCCGUGUUCUCCUGUUCUUACAUUUGGACACUGAGCACAGGUCCACUUUCUUGAUUCUCAGCACAGAAAAUGGGCAUAGACUCACAAUUACACCCAAUCACCUCAUCUUCAUGGCUCCCAACCUCAAGUUAGACUACAAUGAGUACUAUGCUAGCUUUGCUAGACAAGUUACAAGAGGAGCCUAUGUAUUAAUUUGUGGACAGGAUGGUCAUGUGCAUCCUUCCCAAAUAGUUUCCGUCUCACAGGAAGAAAGAAUUGGGGUUUAUGCUCCAUUGACAGAACAUGGCAACCUUUUUGUGGAUGGUGUGCUGGCAUCCAGUUACGCAUCUAUAGAGGAUCAAAGGCUGGCACACUGGGCAUUUGGGCCUCUUCGCUUCCUGGUUGGACUGUCACGAGUAUUCAUGGCAGUGAAUCCACUAACAGUGGUGAUGCAAGGUGCUGCUGAAGUUCACACAAACUUUUCAUCCCACCAAAUCCUUUCUGAAGGACAUACGAGUGUGAUACAUAACAGUUCAGGUGUAGUUCACAAUGCAGUAAACAAAAUGAACAGCACAUGUUUUAGAAAACAUAAUUCUAUGCUAUAUUUUGAUUGUCUGUAUGGAGCACAAGUAGGGGUUCACUGGUAUGCAAGGCUGCUUUGUACGAUUGCUCAGGUUUUCUGUAAACCUCAAUUUGUGACUGAAGAUCCAGUAAAGGAGAUAUCUUUCUGUUAAGGUCAGAAAAUUCUAACCAAAUAAAGGCAACUUACAGUACCUAAAAUACAAAUUAUAUAAUGAACUGAUAUGUAAUAUAGUAUUAUUAAUUCCCUUUACUGUACAAUUGUUUUGUUGUGGUCAUUUAUAUAAUUGAAAUACACUGUAUAGCAUAACGGUUGUUAUUUGACUGUGGCACAUGUUAAUGUUAGAUUCAGAGCAAACAUUUUUAUACAGAAGAGGGAAUAUUUCUUAGAGAAAAGACUAUUUUUAUACUUUGGGAUUUAUAAUAUAUAAACAUUUAAAUGUUGUUGUAACUAA